AGCCAUAUCCACAUUGAAGAAUUAGCCAGCCCAAACAAGUGAAGAUACAAAUCUGUGUGGGUGAGAAUAUAGCACUAUGUUCCAAGCUAAGGGACCAUCCAGUACAGCUUCUUCUAAUGAAGCCAAGAGCAACAUGGGGACAUCUAUUGUGCAAAGAUCCAAGUCAUUUAGCCUGAAGGCCCAGGUGAAAGAGACAUGCAGUGCCUGCCAGAAAACAGUCUAUCCUAUGGAGCGCCUGGUGGCUGAUAAAUUUGUCUUCCAUAAUUCCUGCUUUUGCUGUAAGCAUUGCCAUACCAAGCUAAGCUUGGGUAGUUAUGCAGCUCUCCAUGGGGAAUUCUACUGCAAACCACAUUACCAGCAGCUGUUCAAGAGCAAAGGCAACUAUGACGAAGGUUUUGGGCGCAAGCAGCACAAGCAACUCUGGCUGCAGAAAGAGGUGGAGAAUGGUUCAGAUACAGCAUGACCCAUAGCCUAUAGUUCCCCACUUUGAGACCUUUGAUAUGGGGAUGAACUGAGCUGAUGGAGAGCAGUGGUAAUUGCAAGAUGGCUAGGAGCAGGAAAGACUAAGCAGGAACGAACUAUAGUUUUAAUGGGCUGUGGAAAGAAUUAAGUAUCCGAAAAACUACACAGACAUGUUGAAAAUGGGAAAUUUUGCUUUACUCAUGCAAAAGCAGGAAUACCAAUGCUAUAAAGAGAGCCAGGUCAUACUAGUAAUGGAAUUGCAAUCAGGAUUGUAGCUAAACAGGUUGACUAGACAAGCUGUAAAUGUGGUAUUUCACAUCUGUACAUCUCCUUGGUCAAAAGUGUAUGAUUACACAUUUUUCCAUAUAGCAUGUUAAAAUAUAAACAGUCUCCCUUUUAGCAAGUCAAUCAGCAUCCUAACAGGUUGACUUGGAUGUUGCUUUCUUGUAAUUCCAGUUGAAGAAACUUUUCCAACAGUCUUUAGCCAAUUCUUAGAUAUUGUUUUUACAUAGUUUAAAGGAGACAGAGCAUUAUCUAUUCCCAAUAUCUGGCUAUCUGCUUAAACAAAUUGUGCAAAUAGGCAGCAACACAUUGAAUUCUGACUGUGAAUUUACUUAGAAUCCUAAAUGUAGCCUGUUAUCUCCUUUCUUAUGGGGAGGCUGUGUGCUUCUGCUGCAGACACCAUACACAUGUCUAGGGUAAAGUAAAGAUGCAUGUAUUCAAGCUUUAGAAAUCCUAAACAAUGAAAUAGAAAAUAUAACUUUUGGAAUUUCAAGCAGGCAUAUAAGAGUUGGACAUUAAGAGUUGUGGGGGUAGAAUUGGUGUAAAAGUUACAGAAUCAUGCAUAUUAGUCCAAAAUCAUAAUGAACAUGGGUCUAAAAGGGGACUGCAGACCUUGCAUCCUAGUUCUCAUCAGCUCUGUUCUAUCCAUUCAGCCUUAAACUCUGGGGAAGAAUUCAGUGUCUAUCUUUUAUAUCUGCCUUUUCAGUGGUACGUGAUAAGCUGAAGCACACUUGUGGUGUUUGUGUUCAGAGCUGCACUGUCUUAUUUUUGUAAUAUAGGUUUUCUGAGCUUUUCCUCUUUGAUGUUGUUUAUGAAAGUUUUGAGAGAUGAAAUGUGCAACUUCUACUUCAGUUUCCAAAAGAUUUCUUGCUGAACAAGAAACAUGUUCUGCGUGGGAGAACAGUCCAGUCAUCAUUGUAUGCAUUAAAAAAAAACAGCAGUUUAAUAUCACUGCCUAGAAGAAAAGCUGUGGUUCACACACAAUUCAUACAGAACAUGCCAAAUGGCAUGUUCAGCAGCUUUAGAACAUGUCUUCCUUAAUAAAAGAUACAGUGUUUGGUGCCUACAUUCCAGAAUAUACAAAAAAAUGUGUUUAGCAGGCUGUGAGAGAUGAUAAGCAUGUUUUAAAUGCUGAGUAUACCUUUCUCAGAUUUAAACAAAUCCUACAAUUCAAAGCCACAUAGGAAUGCUUCACUUCCCUGGUUGUGGAUUUCAAAGAGAACAUCUGAUGAAAUAAACUUACUUAAGUUAAAAAAGUGUGAGACAAUUUUCACUAUCCCAAAAAGGGAAAGGAUGGCUACAUUGAGAAUUCAUAGUGUAUUUUUGCAAAAUGGAGCUAUUGAAGCUUCCACUUGGAUAUUCAAGCAGCCUCCAAUAAUACAAUAGCUAGUAGCACACAUAACUAGCUGAAAAUUAUAUUUUAUUGUAAAUAAAAGUUACACAUUGGCCUGGCUUUGCACUGCAAGCCUCAGUCAUUAUAGAAAUUCAUAAAAAUUAGAAACAGAGAAGUACUUCAAGGUCUUCUGUAUACUCCAGGUCCAAAUGAUAAAUCACAGAAUGUUCUACAAAGCUCUCUUUGAGUUUCAUUAAAUUAAAAUAUCUGUUCUAGCAUCGGCAGUGUAAAAUAUACAGAAGAAGGCUGCAAACUUAAUUACCCAAUCUCAGUAAUUUCUUGGGUAAAUUUAGUUAAAGUCAGACAUACUAUCAUAUUCAAAGGUAUAAAUUCAAAGAUCUGAUGUGAAGAGUAUCUCAGAUUAGCUGUGAAAUCUUACAGAAAUAUAUCACCAAUCCUUUUUUUUUUGCAAUCUCUCAAAUUUCCAAAUCAUAUAUUAAAUUAGCCCACAUAUAGAAGGUAAUUCAGGGAAGAUAAUGAGAUACAUGUUGUCUGAUGGCAAUAGCUCCUAUACAAAAGGUAUUUUAAAUGUAUGCUGUUUAGCAGAACAGUGGCAGGUGAAGCUGGAGUAUACAGAAUCGUCGUACCAAGCCUAAACACGUAUUUGUUUCCUUGCUUAUAGUUAGACAGUUCUGUGAGAGAAUUUGCAAAAUAUCCUUUUUUUCUCACUCUCUUAUUUGCACUGAUGAGAAUCAGAAACUGACCAAAAGCAAAUCUGCAUGAUGAAUUCCUCAGGCGGCCAUAAACAAGAGAAAUUCCUAAGGGGUUUUUAUAAGGCAAAAAUAUUGAAAGUCUGGAAAUAGUUGGCAUAAAAGAUAAAUUACAAAAGGGGGCAUUUUUAAGGCUAUAAUUCUUUAUGCAUUUUUCUGGAAGGAAGCACUCCUGAAUUAUUUGAUGUUGUAGAACUCCAGUGAAUAUUAUCUAGAUGUAAUUUCAGGGACAAAUUUAUUGCACUGAGUAGCAGUAUAUCAAUGUUAGUAAUUCAGAUAUUGCAAAGACUGUUUCCCACAUCAUGGCCUUCUUAGAUUAUCUGUAUGCUAUUCACUCAAUUUAUAUAUAUAUAUUCUACAACAAGUAAAUAAAGCAUACAAUAAGCCAUUUCUUGUUUGUUUUUUUAAAAAAAGAAGUUUAAAUGCCCCAGAAAUGCAGACAUACAAAAAUUGUGAGACCAAUAUGUGAAAUCUACAGUAUCUUAAAAUGAGGUUACACUAAAACCGUGCAGAUCACUGUUGUUUUGUGAAGAAAUGGCAAUAAGCUCAAUGUGGCUUUCUAUCAUUCUAAAUUGCCAUUUCUAUAUUGCUAUUCUAUUUCACUUACUUUUUUCUCAGCAAAAGAUUAGCAAGGAAACAAAAAGGUAUUUUGACCUGACAUAUCUUGUAAUAAACAAUAAUCAAAACCUUUGCAAAACCAGCUGCUUCUUUCCCCUUUUUUAAAAUUCACAACAAUGUCAAUUUCUCUCUCCCCAUUUCAUAAUAAUUGCUGUACACACAUAUAAACAUAAACAAGUAUGGCAUAAAUAAAAAGUAUGAGACAUCAUAAUUUCUUUACAUGAAGUAAAAUGCUUAAUAAGAAAGUGAUAUAAAUAUAUUUAUAAAAGUGCACUGCUGAUCAUAUGAAUAAUGCUUUGGCUUAUUUCUUAUGCUUAUCCACCCAGUGAGGAGCCAAGGCAACAUAUCAUAUUCUCAAAAAUAGAUGAGGGAUCAACUCUGCUGCUGGUUAUUUGCUAAGAUCAAAGGAAAAACCAUAACUCAACAUUGUUGUCUUGAAAAAGAAUAUACAUGUUGUUAAGGCAACAAACCAAGACCUACAGACAUGUUGGCAAAUGAAGUGAAAAAGGAAAUCAUUGUGGCAUUUUUAGAUCUGUACAGACAUUUUGGCUUUUAUUUGUUAUAAAGCCAUAGAUAUUCUUAAAAAAAUAUGACAAAAAACUUGAGCACAUCAAGAUAGUUGGUCUGGACUUUGCCACCACUACAAGGCUUGAGACCGCAGAAAAAAACUGCUUUUAUCUGCAUAUUAAUUGCAUUUUGCUUUAAAAGAAGAACUGCUAAUUAACUGAAAGCAUUGCUCCCCCACCCUGCUUUCACUAACAUGUGAGGCUGGUAGAUUGCAAUACUGUUACCACAUGCAGCUUUGUGUAAAGUGACAGAUAAGAGUGAAUCUCAGUUUUGCAGAAAAGCAAACAUUUGACAAGUUGGCUAGAGCAAAGGUAGAUUAAUAUUUCUUUGCAAGGUUAACAGCAAACACCUGAAGUGUCACAAGCGGCAGAAUGCUGUUUGCAAAGCAACACGUUGGUCACAUUGUUCAUCUGUUCUAAUGCUACUGCGGUGUACAUGAUUUGUUACAUAAUGAAUAACAGAGAUACUCAUAGAUCUCGUAGAGAUCCUGUCUGAGUGUAGCUGGUUCUAAUCCAACAUUUUAUAUAA